GUAUCGAAAAUAAUGUACGUACUCGUGAUAUACAUACACAAUUUAGUGCAUACGUAUUACGAUAUAAUAUGCAAUGUGAGUUAGGUUUUCUAAUGUAAACCUUGUGAAAUUUCUUUUGAACUAUUCGGAAUAAUUUAAAAUUUGAUUACAAUAUUAAUUUCGUAAAGUCUUCUGUCAUCUUAACAUUAUAUUUAAAAUGUGUAUAAUGCUAUAGAACGAGGGAAAAAUGAUACUAAGAAAUUUUACGCCCCAAUGGAUUCUGAUGUUAAUAUUAACCGUUAUAAUUCUCUAUUUGAAAUUGAGAAUAAAUUUUUUAGAAGAAAACUACCAAACACUACACGAUGCCGUUGUACAAGUUCAAAAUGAAAUUAAAGAUAAUAAAGUAAAAUCUGAUGUACGAUUGUACAAACCAACUAGUUAUGACGAAGUUGUUAUUAUAUAUAACAGAGUACCAAAGACAGCCUCUACAAGUUUUGUGGGUUUGGUUUAUGAUUUGUGCAAACAAAACAAAUAUCAUGUUUUACAUAUUAAUGUUACUAAUAACAUGCAUACGCUUACACUUUUCAAUCAGCUUCAAUUUGUAAAUAAUAUAUCAAGAUGGAAUACAAUAAUGCCAGCAUUUUAUCACGGGCAUAUGGCAUUUUUAAAUUUUGAAAAAUUUGGUGUAAAACAAACCCCUUUUUACAUAAAUAUAUUACGCAAACCUUUAGACAGAUUUGUAUCUUAUUAUUAUUUUUUAAGAUAUGGUGAUAAUUUUAGGCCUCAUCUAAUAAGAAAAAAACAUGGCGAUACUAAAACGUUCGAUGAAUGCGUCAAUAUUGGUCAACCUGACUGCGAUCCUAAUAAUAUGUGGCUUCAAAUUCCUUUUUUAUGUGGUCACGAUCCAGCCUGUUGGGAAGUUGGAAAUAAAUGGGCAUUAGAAGAAGCUAAGAGAAAUUUACAAAGGCACUAUCUUUUAGUAGGCGUUACCGAAGAAUUAGCAGAAUUUGUACAAAUUUUACAGAUUAUAUUACCAAAAUUCUUUAAAGGAGCAUACGAAUCAUUUUUACACAAUAACAGAUCGCAUUUACGACAAACUACGCAGAAAAUUGAUCCGUUACCGGAAACAGUUGAAAAAAUUCAAAAAACAGUUGUUUGGAAAAUGGAAAAUGAAUUAUACAAUUUCGCUUUGACUCAUUUUCAUGCUGUUAAAAAGCGUCUCAUAGGUGCUUCUCCUCAAGAUAGUAAUCAACGAUUUAUGUAUGAAAAAAUACGACCUAAAUAAAAAGCAUUUUUUUAUAUUAAAAAAU